AGUGUCGGCUAAACCAGCAUCAUCUCCGCCCUCUUCUGCCCGUCUCUUCUCUUUUUCUGUCCGUCUCGUCUUUUCUAUCGCCUCUCCCUCGCCGCUAAACGCAAACGCACAGGUACUUUUAGCAUUUCCGUUCUUUUAUACACCUCACGUUUGGACCUGAGCGCGUUAAAUAGCUUUUUUCUCCCCCCCCCCCCGCCGCCGUCGUGCCGCAUCAGCCGUUACAGAAAAACAUCCAUCCACAGCAACGAGGAGGAGGCUGGCUGCAACACAGAUACGCCCAUUCUGACACCUACUGUAUCAACACGAAGACACCGACACGCUUUUUAUACGUGUUUGCUUUUAAAGAGGGCUAUUUUACUUGUUUCUUGCUGUUUUUCCUGCUCCCCCCCCCCCCCCAAAAGAGCUGUGCGUCUGGAGGAUCUGUGCCAGAGUGUGCCACAGUGUGCCAGCCGUGCGUCUCCCUGAGAUAUCAGCAGACAUCCUGUAGGUCUCCUUCAGUCUUGUGCUCCGUUGCAUCGUGGAUUCCUCCCAGCCCUGCCCCUCCUCCUGCCUCCCCAUUCUCCUGCUGGUCUCCUGCCAUCGUGUCCAGCUGUGGCCCACACAGGGCGCGACCGCUGGGGCUCACCUGAUCGGUCCCUGGCCUCAGGACGACAGCCAGCACCAGCACCAACACCAACACGUUCCCUACAUGCGGGACAAAGCCACGCAGACCCCCAGGGCCUGGGCAGAUGAGAGGAGGAGGGGCUCUCACAAACGCUCGGCCUCCUGUGGGAGCACUGACCAACUCAAAGAGAUCGCUAAGUUGCGUCAGCAGCUCCAGCGCAGCAAACGCAGCAGCCGCCAUCGGAGGGACAAAGAGCGAAAGUCUCCGUUUAAUGGCAGCCACACCAUCAUCCAGUCCCAGUCUCCUAUGCCCAAAACCAUCUUGAUACCCAUCCCAAUCGGUAAGUCAUCUGCCCCUCGUUUCCGUAACAGUGUGGAGGGGCUCAACCAGGAAAUCGAGCGUCUCAUCAUCCGGGACACCCCUGAGAAGGAAGAGGUGAUUGUUCCUCAGGACGUCCCAGAUGGGCACCGCGCCCCCCCUCCCGUGGCCCCCCAGCGCAGCAGCAGCACCCGCAGCAUUGACACUCAAACGCCCUCAGGGGGCGGCCUGAGCGGUAGCCAUAGCAACUGCAGCAGCCGUCCCGACUCCAUCUCUCCCUCCUACCUCACGGUUCUGAACGACACGAGCGGAGGCAGCCCGUACGAGGACAAAGAACUGGGCCCCUGCUCGCCUCUGCCCAAAUACGCCGCGUCUCCCCGGCCCAACAACAGCUACACCUUCAAGAGAGAGCCUCCAGAGGGAUGUGAGAAGGUCAAAGCCUGCGAGGAAAACAUACCCAAGCCUCUGCAGGAGAUCCCGCCCUUCCUGUGUCCCGACCGGAACAAGGUGAACUUCAUUCCCAACAGCGGCUCUGCCUUCUGCCUGGUCAGCAUCCUCAAGCCCCUACUGCCGGCGCCCGAGCUCAGCUUCCGUCCCGGGGUCGGCCUGCGGAGCCUGUCCCCGUCCCUGGUGCCUCUGUCCACUCAGCCCUGCCUGCUGGAGGAGCCCGAGAGCUUCUGAGGUUCCCUUUUGGACAUCAACAAAACGUUUGCUCCAAAACAAUUGCCUUCAGCAUGCCAGCUCUUUCUCUGAUGUCCCUCUAUCGUUGAAGCACUACCCACUGCCUCUCCUCAGACCUCCGCUCCUGUGUGGCAGUUUGCAGUUCACAUCUCAUCGCUUUCUUCUUCUUCUUCUUCUUCUUCUUCUACCUUUAGCGCUGGUUAUGUUUGGGUUUGUAGGCGGAACGGGCGGAGGACUGACGUUUAGUUCAUCAUUAUACCAUAGCGCCUUUCCACGGACAUAUACUUUUUCUAUCUGUAGUUAUUUCUCUUGUAAUGAAAUAAUGCCUUCCAUCAAAAAAAAAAGAAAAAAAAAAAAAAAAACGUAACCGGUUUCCUUUGGCGACCAAGAAAUUGACCACGGAGGCGAAUUUUGGUGCUGCCAAAUGUAUUUUCGUAGCAAAACUUGAAGGGUCACAAAAGGAGACAUUUUAAAACGUGCCUGCUAUUUUGGACCGAUCCGUUUUCCCCAGAACAAAGUGCUCGGAUCACGUCCCGAUGUGGAUCUCCGCACUCUGUUACCGUAGAUACACAGAAAAGGGGCGGGCGCUGAGAUGAUACUGUUAAAUAACACGUUGGAGCAUCUGUGAACCUAAUCCAAAUAUGUUUUAUACUUUACAAACCGCUCGCACUCUGCUGGAGAUUGUGGAGUGGACAGUCGUUGCCUUCUUGCAGUAGUAGCAGUGAAGCGCCCCCUGUCUGUGCUGUGUAUCUAUGGGGAAGUGACCCGGGCCAGUGGUGGAAAGUA